UAAACGUAUAGCCAUUGAUAGAAAACCCGGACAUUGUUAGCACGUCUGAAACUUCUUCAUGUGACAGUGAGUCUAAACUCCACCUGAACUGCUGAACUGAACAUUAAAAAUCUUUGCAAAGGACUUUAACUGCUAAAGCAGAAGAAAACGAGUCUGUGGACAUCAGGUUUUCUACAAUGUCUGCAAUAUGGGAGGAAGUACCGAGAGAUGAAAAUCUGAUCAAACAUCUUCAGGAGAUUGCUAAAGACACAGCACUUUUACAUGGAGUGUUGAUGCGGACCAAAGAAUCUCCAAACUCACCUGAGGUGGUGAGUUAUGCACCGUUCACAUUGUUUCCCACACGAGUGCCCAGGACUGUUUUUAAUCAAGCACUGGCAGUGCAAACACAUUUUAAUCGUCUGGUGGACCGGGUCAGUCAGGACCCUGCGUUUUUAGAGGAAACUCUGGCUAGCACCAUCAAAGUUGAUGAUUUUACAGCCAGACUUUUUAGCAUAUACAGAGAAGUUCGACGGGAAAGUCAACUCCAGACGGUAGUUCUGGGUCUAAAUCGCUCAGACUACAUGUUAGACCAGAGUCCAGAUGGUAGGACGUCCCUAAAGCAGAUUGAAAUCAACACCAUUGCUGCAAGUUUCGGUGGUCUUGCUUCACGGACACCAGAUGUCCAUCGUCACAUUCUGAAGGUUGCAAACCAGUUAGAGGAACGAAAUCAAAUUCUGGACAACAAUCCAGCAGAAGGUUUGGCGAGAGGUUUGGCAAAGGCCUGGGAGCUCUAUGGAUCUGAGAGAGCAGUGGUGAUGUUUCUGGUUGAGGAAGUCCAGAGGAACAUUUAUGACCACCGAUAUGUAGAAAAUGAGCUGUGGAAAAAAAACAUUCCUGUUAUCAGAAGACAGUUUGAAGAUGUUUGCAGAACUGGAUCUCUAGACCAAAGCAGGAAACUUUUUGUAGAUGGCAGAGAGAUUGCUGUCGUUUAUUUCCGUAACGGAUACAUGCCUCAAAACUACACAUCAGAGCAGAGUUGGGACGCACGUCUGAUGAUGGAGCGCUCUCUGGCUGUGAAAUGUCCAGACAUCAGCACCCACCUUGCUGGUACCAAGAAGGUCCAGCAGGAGUUGGCCCGACCAGGGGUACUCGAGCGCUUCUUCCCUGAUGAACCCGAAACAGUCGCUCAGAUCCGGGCCACUUUUGCUGGACUGUACACCUUGGACAUGGGAGAAGAGGGAGAUAAAACAGUGGCAAUGGCUUUAGCCAAUCCUGAUCGAUAUGUGCUUAAACCUCAGAGGGAGGGGGGUGGUAAUAACAUAUAUGGCCAGGAGAUCUGUGCGGUGCUGGAGAAGUUAAAGGACUCAAGUGAAAGAUCUGCAUAUAUCCUAAUGGACAAGAUCCAGCCUAUCCCAGUGCAGAAUUACCUGCUCCGGCCAGGAGAUCCUAUCAGACUCAAAUCCUGUCUGAGUGAGCUGGGUGUGUUUGGAGCGUAUGUCAGGAAAGGCAAAGACAUGCUGUUUAAUGAAUGUGUGGGACACUUGCUGAGGACCAAGAGCUCUGAAUAUGCAGACGGUGGUGUGGCUGCAGGAGUUGCCGUUUUGGACAACCCACUGCUUUUCUGAACUACACUGCCACCAAGUGGACACAAACAGAACUACAUUAAGACAAAAGUGCAAAUGGCACAACAUCAUGGAUGUCAUGAUGUCAUGAACAUCAUUUUACCAUACAAAUAAAAAAUUACAAAAUUAGAAAGGUUCACUGUACAUUGUAAGAAAUGACACAUUUUCUGUGAAUCAAAAUUUUUAUAUUCACCUGACAGCAAUUUAUCAAUUUAGUUAAAAAAAAACUACAGUAACAGAUUAUGACACAAAGGUCAACAUUUUGCAGAUGGUUUUAUUUUUUGGUAUCCUUACCAAUCUGUAAUGUUCUCCUGCAAGCCGUGUCUUCUGCUCUGCUAAGAUGGAUAGUGAUGAUGAAAACUGAGUGGAUCCUAGUUUCAAAGCAAAAGUCAAAGCAAUCAAGAAAAACUGUAAAUCCUACUGGAAUAUGUCCCAAAACACACUACAAAAAAAUAAUUUUGUAGUGGUUUCAAUUGUAAAAGCUAAUGGUUCCUUUUGGUAUUUUAAUGGAAACCAUUAGAAUUUCUGUGAUGGUUUCUAUUGUUUUUUCAGCAGGGUUUAGACAAGUUGUAAGUGAAUGGCAUUUACAUUUUGUCUGCUUAAAAUAUUGAUAUGCUUACAACAAAAGUGGGAGAGUUUGGGACGCACAGUGCUGCGCCCCAAGGCAGAUCAGAAACAAGCCAAUUAGAGCUCAGCCUUAAGUCACAAAUUUACGGACCUACAUACACACUCGUUUGGGUGGCGCCCCAGUCACACACACACAUGGCCGUAGCUACCAUUGAGGACACCAAGGUCAGGUCCUGUAGUUUUUUCUUAAAGUUUCGUUUCAUUUUGAUUUGAAAAUAGCCGACAAGACAAUUAUCCUUGCAUCUACGGACCAUCACGUGACACACAUACUUGCAGUUACCGCUGCCAUCUCAAAACGAAAGUAGUCGGCUAUAGCGGAGUGUUUCCUAAACCAAUUAAAGAAGAACGCAAUGCAGUUUCUCGCACAUCUCACAUAAACUUCAAUACCCACAAAAUCAUUGUUCAAAAUAAAGUUGACGCUAUGAUAAAUUUCUGCCUGUGAUUUUCAUUAAAAUGACCGAAAAUGAAAAGGCUGCAACAAACUAAAUUAUCCUUUGAAAAAUCAGCAGAAGAUGAGCAGACAAAGAGAAGGAGGGAAGGUGAGAAAGUUAAUGGUAUGCAGCAAAUAGCCUAAAAUAUGAGAUGCAAUAGGGCUACCAAUGAGAUUCAAACCUAUAUCCUACUGAAAUGCUGAAAUCCAGUGGCUAGCUAAUCUGCACUGACAGUCAAGCUAAUGUUAUACGGAUAAUUGUUGUGAAGUGAUGGAUAGCCUAUUACCUUUAAAUAAGCAUGGCCUGCACUUUGUGCUUGUAUGUUAAUAAACCUGUUAACUGAACUCUGGCCUGCACACUCCAAAAAAAUUGCCGCAUUUUUGUCAAAUCAACACAUUUUUUGAUACUUUAACUUAAAAAAUGUAAGUUUUUUUUACAGUGUGUUGUGAGACAUUACAUCAUUAUUAUUAUGUUAAAUUCAACAGAGGAGACAGGAGAGAGGGGAGAAAUAGUUAAAAGGAGAAGGGAGGUGAAGGGACCUCCCAAGACCGAUACCAGAAAACACACCCACAGUU